AUGGGAUGUGAUGCUAGCUCAGAUGAUCGUAUCCCACUCUGUGCUGUUUGUACUCGACAGUUGAGAGGAUCGGAAGAAAAUGGGAAUGUGGAGGAGCCGUUCAAUUGCGCACUUUGUUUUGGUGUAUUGGAUGAAAAGUUUGCUGAUGAAGUGGUAGCUGAGGUAAAGAAAAUAUAUAAAAGCAAUGGAUAUGAUUCGAAAUCAUUCCUACUUGCAAUCAACAUUCCUGUCACGGCGAUUCUUCGGGAAGCACUAUAUGAACUUGCCUAUCGAAAUACAUCAUCAGACGGUACUCUUUCUGCGGUUCCUUUUAAAUUACGCAUCGUCAAUACUUAUUUGGAAAGGAUUCACAAUGCUACUGGUUUAUCACCGUCAUUGAAUUCUGAUUUAAUUCUUACUCUUACAUUUGUCAGUGACGAAUUUAACAAGAGUGAUGUUGAUUAUUUAAUGAAGGAAUUCCCCAGUGAUUUUCAAAUAUCACGGAAAAGAUUGAGAUAUGCUAGCGUAGACGAUACACUCUUGUCAAUGUAUACGAAGGUACGGAUUGCAGGCCUGACACACAAGCUUAGUCGAGAAUAUGCAUUGAUUUACAAGAUGACUUCACCGUCUACAACGUGUCAUUACACAAUCUCAUUUGAACGCAGUCCAUUGUUCAUAGCCGGACGCUACUGCAAAUUUUCCAGAAACUUGUCUCAAAGUCCAUGGUCUGCCUCAGCCGAUAUGAGGAAAAUUAUUGGACAUUCAGUAUCAGAGAAAGUUGGAGCACCAUUUGUCAUGGAAACUGGAUGCGAUGUUGCACGUUUUGUAGCUUCAGGACGAGAAGAUAUUGAUGUACGAAUGCUUGGUAAUGGAAGGCCAUUUGUUUUGCAACUAAUCAAUCCCAAGAAAGUUUUUUCGUUCCAAAGAUAUAACCUGAAGACCACAUUAAAGCGCCUGGAAGACAGCAUUAAUAAAAAUCGUGAUGUUAAAGUUCUUCCUGGUUUGAAACAGAUCACGUCUGACCAAGUAUCUUUGAUAAAAAAUGGUCAAGAACAAAGGCGGAAAUUAUACACCGGUUAUUGCUAUAGUACACGGAAACUUGAUGAUCUUGCACUAAAAGAACUUCAUCAUAAAGCACCUAUUGAAAUGAUUCAAAAAACUCCCGUGCGGGUGUUGAAGCGUCGUCCCUUGCUCGAACGACGAAGAACGAUAUUUUUCAUAGCAGCACUGAAAUUGGAUGAUUAUCAUUUCCUAAUCAGAAUGGAGACGCAAGCGGGAACUUAUGUAAAAGAAUUUGUGCAUGGUGAUUUUGGUCGAACUCGACCAUCAUUAGCAGAUUUAUUGGGAAUUGAAUGCGGUGAAGUUGACAUACUUGAAUUGGAUGUUGAAGGCGUUGAUAUGGAAUGGCCACCAAAAUGA